AUGCCUGAGAGCAAGAUUCCUCAACCGGGUCCUGCCAAACUUAAGCGCAAUGCGGGCCCUGACGAGUGGCUGGAGGCAGCGAAGGAUUGCAAGUAUCUAUCGGAGCCACACAUGAAGCAGCUGUGUGAGAUCGUCAAGGAAUAUAUGAUGGAGGAAUCAAAUAUCCAACCAGUCUCGACACCCGUCACAGUCUGUGGUGACAUUCACGGCCAAUUCUACGAUCUCUUGGAACUCUUUCGGGUUUCUGGAGGCAUGCCUGAUGGUACAGAACUGGACCCCCCGAAGACAUCCCCCUCCGUGAUUACCUCCGCCGAUAUCGAACCCCCCUCAAGCAUCUCAGACCCUAAAAUUCGCAAGAAGCUUCGCGGUCCCAACGUGAACUCCAAUGAUGAGGAGGGAGAUUCGAGUUCACGAAGCCGAUCGGCCAGCGAUACAUCUGCAGAUCUUCAGCUUAACCGCAACUUUGUAUUUCUGGGUGACUACGUGGAUCGUGGCUAUUUCAGUCUGGAGACGUUAACGCUUUUACUCUGUCUCAAAGCAAAAUACCCCGAUCGAGUCACAUUGGUUCGUGGUAAUCACGAGUCGCGCCAAAUUACCCAGGUAUAUGGUUUCUACGAAGAAUGCUUUCAAAAAUACGGGAGUGCUUCGGUAUGGAAGGCAUGCUGCCAGGUUUUCGAUUUCAUGACAUUGGGCGCCAUUAUUGACGGCAAGGUGCUGUGUGUUCACGGCGGUCUGAGUCCUGAGAUUCGCACAUUGGACCAAGUCCGCGUGGUAGCCCGCGCACAGGAGAUCCCCCAUGAGGGUGCCUUCUGUGAUCUCGUGUGGUCUGACCCAGACGAUGUGGAGACGUGGGCUGUCAGUCCUCGGGGAGCAGGAUGGUUAUUCGGAGACAGAGUGGCCGAUGAGUUCUGCCAUGUCAAUGACCUCUCGUUGAUCGCACGCGCUCAUCAGCUGGUCAACGAGGGCUACAAAUACCACUUUAACAAUCAAAAUGUCGUCACCGUGUGGAGUGCGCCAAAUUACUGCUACCGAUGCGGAAACCUGGCCUCGGUCUGUGAAAUCGGAGAGGAUCUCAAACCCACCUUCAAGCUGUUUAGUGCAGUCAGCGAUGACCAGAGGCAUGUUCCAACUUCGCGGCCAGGGCGCAGCGAGUACUUUUUAUAA